UAACUGCAACUCGACUAGUGAAUCAGAACACUUAAAAUCUAAAAUAUUUUUGCGACAAAAAUGAAUGCGAUAAAUUUUGACGACAUAAUUCUUGGUGAUGAAAUCAGUAAGGGAAGCUUUAUACAAGUAUAUAAAGCCAAAUGGCUCACGAAAGAUGUUGCUGUAAAGAAGGCUGACAGUAACUCAAAUGAUUGUAUCAGAAGAGGAACCAAACAGCUCUUUCGUGCAAACCAUGAGAAUAUCAUAUUUCUACAUGGUACAUCGAUGUCGGGUCCUAAUCUCUAUUUGGUAAUGGAAUACGUGGAUGGCGGAUUGUUAAGCAACUUUUUACAUACCGAAGAGACGAAGUAUGAAGUGCAACAUGUUAUAAACUGGGCGCUCCAGAUCGCCAAAGGUAUUGACUAUCUACAUGACAAGGCAGUGGUCCAUCGGGACAUAAGCCCGUCCAGAAUAUUACUAUGUGAUAAGCAUCGACGUGUAAAGAUUUAUGAUUUCUCUUUCGUAAGACAUCUGGAUACCCUAAUGUCUAGCAAUGUUGGCGAUGCCGCCUAUAUGGCACCAGAGGUUUUCAAUAACGUAAAAUACACCGAAAAAUGUGAUGUUUAUAGCUUUGGCAUUACCCUCUGGGAAAUGCUGGCACGGAAAAAGCCAUUUGAAAAGUAUUGCAAUAGUACGACAAUAUGUGAAAAAGUGGAAACAGGAGAACGACCCUCAUUGGAUGAAUUACAAUUUCACUGUCCCGACAAGAUUCAAGAAUUGAUGACCGGCUGCUGGAGUCCCGAUCCGGACGAACGUGCCUCCAUGAAAGAUAUUAUUGUUGUGUUCAACGAUCAUCAGAAAAUUGUUGAUCUGAGCCUAUAAAUCAAUCGAAACAAACCAUA